ACGUAAACAAACUCAGCUCAUUCAGUGUCUGUUGCUGCAUCAAAAAUGUUAUUUCAUAAGAUCAAAGAUAUUUUUGCAAGGAAUACAAGAGCCUCGUGUUUCUUUCGUCUUUCAAGAUGCAUAACAUAUGUUCAAGGGCAGUCGCCAAGACCAGAGCUAGGCAAAAGUAGAGAGUAUUUUUACUAUAUUGAUCACCAGGGACAGCUUUUCUUGGAUGAUGCAAAAGUGAAGAACUUUAUAACAUGCUUCAAAGAUAAGAAGUUCUUGGCAUUCUUUUUUAAACGGUUAAAGCUGAAUAACACUGGAGUCUAUGUUGAAGACUUCCCCUACGUUUCACCGUGCGGUCCUGAACUUAACUUUGUACGCUGCGAUGAUCGACCCAUUGUCUACACUAAUAUUAUCAAAACGGAUGAUGGUGAUUUGCUUUCAUAUAACCAUGCUCAUGAAAAGCUCACUGUAGAAUUUCAACCAGAAAAAUUGUGCAUGUUACCAAAAACUGGGCGAGUUUAUUAUCCAACGAAAGAAAAAUAUGGCAGUGUGGCGUUGGUGAAAUCGAGCUUGGCGAUAGACUUUAGCCCUCACUUAGAAUUUGGACAGGAAGGAGAAUACGCUCCUCCAACACACUUUACAUGGAAAGGGACAAGAUACACAUUGACUAAUGAUUUACUGAAACAUAUACCAAAGUCCGAUUCUGGAGUACUAUCUUAGCACUGUAUUGACCUGAGUGUAGAGGUUUUUUCGGGUAAAAUGGAACUUUCGAUUGCACUAUGGUGGGAUGUAGUACAUAAUGACGUCAUUUGUGCAUGAUGAAUGCUGGAUUCUAGGACGCAAUUUGCCAAAAUUUACAUUGUGCAGAGGACGGUCGGACGGUCAAACAAUGAAUCCGUUCAAGUGUGUCAAUGUGCAAAUCGAAAGCUCACUAAAAUAAUAUGACAAACCCAUAAGGCCUUUUUUAAAUUUUCAACGUACUGUAGGUUAUCUGGUGUUCUCCAAAGCAAACAGUAAACAACAUAUUUGCUUUUACUUCAGUCCAAUGUUAAACAUACCCCUCCUCUAAAAUCUUCCACCUCUUUCUAUCUGAUAUUUCCGUAAAUUAAUAUUUCCUAUAUGUGACAAAGAAAAACCAAACCAGUCACUCCUCGCAAGCAAAAAAAAAAAAAA